AUGGCAGCACGGCCCCGGAAACUACAGCUCCCAGCAUGCACCGCCCGCGAGGCGCAAGGAAUCUGCAGCAGUAAAUUUAUAUUGCGUUUAGGGGCUCAGUGCAGGUGCCAUCCCUUUAGAAGUGAGAUUGUGCUACCCUUCCUUCCUAGACCUCGGAAAGAGAGGACUGUAGCAAGCCAGGAUCUGAGAGAUACUGAAGGGGAGUCUCUCCAGUCAUUGCUUUCAGAAUGGGAUAAUCCUGUUUUUGUUCGCUGCCCAGAGAUUGCUGUUGAUGUGACCAGCGGUCAGGCUGAGAAUCUGGCUGUGAAAAUUCAUAAUAUCUUGUAUCCUUAUCGUUUCACCAAAGACAUGAUUCAUUCAAUGCAGGUUCUUCAGCAAGUGGACAAUAAAUUUAUCGCAUGUUUAAUCAACACUAGGAAUGAAAUGGAUAAAAAGGCAGGUGGAAACCUCUUGGUUUUGGUGGACCAACAUGCAGCUCAUGAACGGAUCCGCCUGGAGCAGCUUAUUGCAGAUUCCUAUGAGAAGGAGACUGCAGCAUGCGGCAAGAAGAAAUUAUUGUCCUCUUCCAUCUCUCCCCCUUUGGAGAUUGAAGUAACAGAGGAACAAAGAAGAUUCUUACGAUGCUGCCACAAAAAUUUGGAGGAUUUAGGCCUUGAAUUAUCAUUUCCUGAGACCAACAGCUCCUUGAUUCUAGUGGGGAAAGUGCCAUUAUGUUUUAUAGAAAGAGAGGCCAAUGAAAUACGACGGAAAAGACAACCAGUCGCUAAAAGCAUUGUGCAGGAGUUUAUUCAAGAACAAGUUGAGCUAGUGCAGACCACAGGAGGAGCACGAGGGACACUGCCACUGACUUUUCUGAAGGUGUUGGCUUCCCAAGCGUGUCAUGGAGCUAUUAAGUUUAAUGACAGUUUGACUUUGGAGGAGAGCUGUCAGCUCAUUGAAGCUUUGUCGUCUUGCCAGCUGCCCUUCCAGUGCGCUCAUGGUAGACCUUCCAUGAUGCCCCUUGCAGACAUAGACCAUCUCCAGCAGGAAAAGCAGCCUAAACCUAAUUUGGCUAGACUGCGGAAAAUGGCACAAGCAUGGCACCUCUUUGGGAAAAAAAAAGAACUUAACCAAAGAAGUGAAAACCAUAAACUGCAAUCACCGAAAGCAUUGAUACGAUCCAGAUUUUCCUGUUAGACAGCAAUACCUUGUGUGGAGCUAAGUUUCUCAUCUAGUGCAGUAACUGAAGUUCUGCCCUGCGUACUGACCUAAGAAGCAGAGGCCAGCCCGGAGAACAUGGCAGAAGGAGCCCGUCCUGGUAGCCUGGAGAAGCGUCUUCAAUGCAAUUCCUUAACAUUGUAAACCUGGGCAUUAUGUCAGUGCUUGACUAUAAAAGGCAAGAAGUUGCAGCCACUUCCAGUUACUAAAGUACUUUUUCCCUCAGCAAGUGCAGCGGAACUUUGCAUAAUAGGAUAUUUUUAAUGAAUGCAGAAAUACAGCCAGCGCUUUGAAAAUGGGGAGGUAUUUAUUAAUAAAAUUAAUGCUAAACUCUU